AUGGCUUCAAUAUCAAACCAAACCAUUUCAAGUUUUCAGUGUCCGAUAACUUUCGAUUUUGAUCCAACAAACAUUACUCAUCUGCCAGCAUCAGUCGUCCCAACGUGGAUUUUUUUCGUUGCCAUCAACACCGCCACAUCUACGCUGACUGUCCUCAUCAAUUUGCUGGUAAUUUGGACCGUGCUGGCAAAUAAGCAGCUCAGAUCUGAUAGAUACUACCUCUUGGUAGCUAUUCUUUUGCUCAGUGAUAUUCUGGUUGGAAUUGUCGUACAGCCGCUACUUAUUGCUUUGGGAGUCUGCAUAAUAGACCAGUGUACAUAUUUAUGUGAAUUGACCAUUGCCUAUACAGUGUCCGCUUCACUUUGCUAUGGAUGGACAGCUGUUACCAUGGCGAUCGUCAGCCUGGAACGAUACCUCUACAUAGAACAUCCUAUGUACUAUCAGACUUCAGUUACCUCAAAGAAACUAGUGAUAGCAUCCGCAGCUAGCUGGGUCCUUGUGGGGAUUCCAAAACCAUUCACAAGACUCCUGAUGAACGACUCCUUCUGGAACAGGCAGCUUAUUGGAAUUCUAACCUUUGGGCCAUGCUUUGUCAUUAUUUUAUUUUGCGUCACUAAAAUAAAUCUGACGGCCCGUCGACAGAUAAGGGUUAUCGUCGCCCAGCAGCAAACUGUAGCAGAGCAAAGUAAGAUCAAGGAAUACAAGCGCACUUUCACUCUAGGCUUGAUAGUGCUAGCAUCCGUCGCGUGUAUGUGUCCAAUAAUAAUCUUAAAGAUCGUAAAAGCCGUGAAAGGCAACUUCGAUGACGACAUAAAAUAUAUAUCUCAUGGUAUUUAUUUUACUUUCUUGAACUUCCAGUCCAUUAUUAACCCCAUCAUCUAUUCUCUUCGUCUUUCUCCCAUCCGCAGUGGGGUGACUAAAAGACUUUGCUACGAUCGCCAAUAA